UCCCAUGGCAUGCGGGCCCUAGCGUCGUCUUCCUUCUCCGUCUUGCUCCCGGUCGCGUAUCGACUCUUCCCACUAUCCCCAGCCAUGGCUCGCCUCCUCGCGCGGACCCUAACCCUGGCUCCUCCGCGGUCCUCCCUGCGCCCCCUCCGCGUCCGCGGGCUCUCGGCCAAGGUGGAGCUGAUCGAGAUCGACCUGUCCGAGGAAUCCGCCUCCUCAUCCUCCUCCUCCGGCGCCGCGGACGAGCCGAUGGGGAUGCGGCGCCUCAACGACGCCAUCCACGGCGUCAUAGUGCGCCGGGCCGCUCCGGAGUGGCUCCCCUUCGUGCCGGGAGGGUCGUACUGGGUGCCGCAGAUGCGGCGCCCGCUCGGGGUGUCCGAUCUCGUCGGCACCGUCGCCUACAGCGCCAGCGGCGCCGUGGAUACGUCGGCCAUGGCCAGGGCCGCCGUGGAUAGGGCUACGCUGACCAAGGACGAGGCCAUGUGCUUCACCACGCCGCGGGGAUGGCCGUCAGAGGCCUACUUCGUCGAAGGGAAACUUUGGCAUCCGGUGAAGAGGUCAAGGAAAGAUGCUACUCAAACUGAUGAUGAGGAUAGCUAAUUUGCCCUUGCAACCCUACCUGGAGUCCACCAGGUCCACACUGGAAGGCUCAGCUUGGAGAAGUAAACCUCUGCUGAUGGGCUCGUGGAUGUACAUAUAGACGAUAUAGACAGCCAGGGAUCCCAGUGAUAAUAACGAGCCGCCUCAUCACCCGCCUCUUCGUCUGUAGAUCAUGCGAGCUUAAGAUGAAUAUGAUUUUGUAUUUCGCACAGCCGUGUGUCUGUGCCCUUGACUGCUCUCUGAGCUGUAGUGUAUGAUGUACCAACUAGUCUGUGGGUUGUUUUCCACUUGUACGAAUACCUAUCGGCUCUUCGGGUUGUCAGUGUCAAUGGGUAAUAUCAAUAUGGAUAUUUUACUGAACA